GAGGAGGCGACCAGGGAGUUGCAAGGAUGAAAAGAAACGAAGAAACGAAGAUGUGCUCUUGGUGACUAGUUGAAAGGGAGAUAAAUGUAGGGCGAGAAGAGUCGCUGCUUCAUUGAUCCAUGUCUCUACCUGCCGACACUCUGCCCCAUGCAAAGCUUGCAGCAUGCGAGGGAGACCCAGUUACAGCAGAUGAGGAGGCCAACCGUGCUCUGAGGUACCAAGCCAAGGAGCGAGGAAGCAUGGAAGAAGGUCCUUCAGCGACUGAUGGAUAUGCACACGAGGUGGAUACUCUUUUGAGAAAGGAAAAACUGUAUCCAGACAUAUGUUUCAUGAUCGCCAAGGGAAGGCAUGCUUUCAGAAGCUACAGGAUAGAUGGGGAAGCUAUGGAACAGAUGAAGCGAUCACAAGACAGAUACAGUCAAGACUCCGUUCACAAGCUCUUCAACCGAACACUCCCUUCUUCAGCCAACCUCUACACCAAGAUGGCGUAUGGCUUCACAGGGUUGAGUCGCAAACCCUUCAAGAAGGCGCAUGAGGCGGGAAGCGAGACUGUAUCUGAGCGACCCCCGCGCAAACAAAACAAGAAGAGCAAGUCUAUGACCCGAGCAGCAGCGGAGACUCCAGGCAAUCGUGAGCCUGUUGAAAGUAAAACCCCAGCACCUGACAGCAAGCACAAAGAAUCGCGAGAUGUUGUGCGACCCCGACGCAAGAGGGAACAGCUUUCAAAGAAGAUGGUGAGAAGACUUGACAGAACCAGGCCAACAGCAGUCUCAGAGAAGAAGUUUGACAUGGAAGGGACUAGAGAUAUACCGUCGGGCCAUGGCUCCCGGUAUGGAAAGCUUCUCUCUUCCAACCCCAAGCAGCCUUCAGGUGAUGAAGUUGUGACCUCGUGGAAAGAGAUCAACAGAAAGUCUCUGUCUCCUAUCAUGCAAGUCAAAAUCUCCUCAACCAGCUCUCAGCUGGAUGAAUCUCAGCGCAUCGAGCUUGCUGAUCGCAUUCAGUACGAGCCAUCUCAAGGCGAGCAGCCUCAACUUGGCGACAACCCUGGAGUUCCUGGGCUGAACAUGGGCAGACUGUCGGUCUUCAUCGAGCACUGCACCGCCUACCGAGCUAUGGACGCUACGUCCUUGCGAGGGAGCAGACACAAGUGA